AUGACCGAAGAAGAUGGUAAUUUUUUGAACUAUACAAAUAUAGGCGAUGCAGUAAACGACGACUUCGAAACGUGGACACACCUAAAAUCAACAACUCUUAGUACAUUCACGACGUCAAAAAAGUUAUCUUUAGUUUCAAUCACCUCAUCCAAAGAUCAUGCAAAUCUGCAAGGUAGCAAAACUCUGGUUGUAACCGUAGCAGAUAAAGUAAAGAAACGUCUGGAACAGCUAGACGACAUUGAGGAGGGUUCAGUGCAGGAGACCUUGACCUUGUCUCAGGAUGAGUAUGUAGGUCACAUAAACAAACUUUCGAGUGCGCUUGUUCAUGCCUGGAAAGUGGACCAGAGAGUCAAGACGCUAAAAAUAGCUAUUCAGUGCGUAAAGUUACUGGGGGAUACGAGUUCCAAGCAGUUCUACCCUAGCAAGUUCAUUCUAAUUGCAGACAUUCUCGACAACUUCGGUGCGCUUGUACUUGAGCGUUUGUUGGAGAAGUCGACCACGACUGCUCAUCAACAUCUGCCUAAUAUUUCUCUUCUUGAUAUAAAUCCUAAUAUGGUAUCAGAACCAGCGAGAGAGACCUGUCGCAACUGGAUCUUCAAAAUCUCCUCCAUCCGCGAACUCCUUCCGCGUAUCUACGUGGAGGCCAGCGUGCUCCGGUGCCUCGACCUCCUCGGCCAGCAGGGGGCCGUCAAAGAAUUGGAUCGUUUGCUGGCCUCGGUCAGGGGUGUGGCAGACCCUCUUGUGUCUCUCUACCUCCGAUGUUACCUUGUAAAAGUUGCCGACUCUUUAGUGAUCCACAGGCAGCAAAGUUCUUCGUCAUUUUUUUCAACGUCAUCCGGUUUUGUUCAUUGCAUGAACGGACUUGCGACUGACUCCACAUCGUCUUCAUCCACUCUGUCUGAUGAGGAGAAGAUGGAGUAUUUGUUACUGUUCAGCCCGGCAUUUGAUUGGAUAAUGAGGUGCAUUGCAAGCAGUACUACCGACAUACUAGGUGAAGUUUAUAACAUCAUAACAGCCUGUCAAGAUGAAGCUAUAAAAUCUCUUCUUAUUGGCUCGUUCAUUGACCAAUCACCUUCUUUGUACCUUGUGAGUCAGUCGAUUGUUAUCAGCAGGAUGAUUGGUCAGUUAAUGGCCAAUGAAAAACCUUUACCAGAACUAUACAGACGUCUCGGAUCUCGUCUAGCCACAUCUCCGGACAGUCUAGACGAAGAGUUUAGGCGUCCGCUGCUGAAUGACUCCUGGCGCUGCUUGUCUGGCCUCUACUCAGCGAGCGAAUACAUGAAGAGCGUGAUCGUCUGGUCGGCCUAUGUUGGGAGGUUCUUCACGAAGAAAGAAUGCAACGUCGUAAUGGCUGACGUCAUCAAGAGGAUGAUGAUGGAUAGAUCGUACGAGGAUGAGCAAACGUCAAUCAAGCUGACCAUGCAGCAUCUGGUCAGCUGUUCAAACUCGAGUCUGGUGGACAUUGUAUCUUCGGCUAGCUUCUUACCCUACCUGGAUAUGUUCAAUUCGGAUAACAAGGUUUGUUGUUGUUAUUAUUGUUGUUGUUGUGUAUGUUCAAUUCGGAUGACAAGUGACCCGGUUGUCAUUCACGCCAUGAUGACGAUCUGCAAGUACUUUCAUGAUCAUGUCAAUGCCAUGACCUCUGAUGAUGAGGUUCGUGACGUCAGCACACUGAUCAACGACUUUAUCGGUGCGGUCUCUACAGAAUCAAAUGAGGCGCAACUUGCAUUCUAUGUUAAGUGCAGAUCAACUUUCUACAACAUCGACCCGAUCCUAGCGUUCCUCGUGCACCGGGUCAAUCACCUGGUGAUGGAGGGUAGGGAGAGCAGCGACGAAAGGAUGAAAUCAAGAACGAAAACUACAACAACGACCUCAUCCGUAAAGAAAAAAGAUUUUUCGUUUGUCAGGGCCUGUUGUGCCUACACUUUCAUAACAAUUCCGUCGCUGAAUGGCGUGCUGGAGAGGGUGAACAUGUACGUGGGGUCGGGCCUUGUGGCCCUGCAUCACGUCUGCGUCAGCCAGGCUGAUGACUUUUUUAGGGCCGCCAUAUUACUUAUUUCACAAGUGCCGAAGUUUGUUGAGUUUGAUGGCAAGAUCCACCCGACAGACCCACAACUCGUAGAUUGCGUCAGAAACCUCUCCUCGAUCAUCCUCUUUCUUCCGGACCCACCUCAUCUUCCUCCCCUCUCUCUCUACCACCUCCUCUUCUCCCAAGUGUCCUCCUACAAGUGGGAUCCUAACUUCGACUCACAGUUGAUGGCUUACGCCAGUCUGAUAGUAUCGUUGUCGUCUGUGUCGCAGGAAAUUUUACCUUACAAAAUGGCGAAUGUUGAUUCCAACGAUGCAUUGUACGGUGGAGACCCUAAAUUUCUCGCUGAGGUUGGAAAGUUGGUGGGUUUAAUCGCGGAGCAGGUGCAGGAAAAGUUGAGAGACAUGGAGAGAACGAGAGUGGCAGUUGUGGCCCUCAAAAUGUUUGAGACCCUUCUGCCCCAUGUCGAUCCGUCAUCGUCACCUUUCUUGCAUUAUUUGCUGAAACUGAUUGUGGCCGGGACUUGUAAAGGUUUACCGACUUCUAGUAGGAAAGCAGUGACUACUACCGCCGCUUCAUCGACUUCAACGUCUAUGAGCGUGAUGGAUGUUAGCUCUCCCUCCGUUAACAAGGUGGUCGCAAGUAUCAGGAGAAUGGUUGCGAAAGAUGAGAGAUAUAGGGUGUUGUUGGAGUACGUGGUUGUCUGA